GUCAGCAUAAUUUCAAUUGCGUUUCGAUUGUGAAUUAAGCGCGUUCCAUAACGAAUUAGUACAUACUCGUACAUACAAAAAAAUAUACACACAAAUUGCAAAAAUAUUCACAAAGAAUGUGGCCCUUUCGGUCCUAUAGAGACGCAAUGCUGCGAUUGGCCUUAAUGCUCGUUCUACUCCUGCUGCUGAUCGCCAGCAUUGUAGACGCGGGCAAGGCGCUACCGGGCACGGCAGCGACCAGCAAUUCAUCAGGUGGAGCUGUGCGCCCUGUGGCUGGCAACAGCAAUCCCCGUCUGCCCCGCACCAGCGCCAGCCAACUGAAUAGUGGUGGCGGCAGCAGCGCCGCCGGCAACCUAAAGCUCGCAGCCAAGACAACACGCAAUGGAAACCUGCGCACAAGAGAACAACAAUUACUGAACAUAUUUGAGAUAAUUAUCACAACACUCGAGGAGAAACUUAAACGAAUCGACAAUCUUGAUCAAUCAGUGGAACACAUGAUGCGACGCAUGGAAGCUCUGGACAGCCGUGUGUCUGAUAAUCUAUUAAAAACGGAUUCAGUUAUAUCGAAACUGCGAUCACUUGACAGCAAGCUAACAAGCGAUGUAUAUCUAAUGCCUGAUAUUAGUACAACCUCUGGUGAUGGAAUUCGAGCACCGCGCACCUCGUCCGCCUCCCAACUAGAUAGCCGGCUUGUGCAACUGGACCAAAAGGUCAGUGAUAUUGACUCCAAAUUAGAGGUGCUAAAGACUCAAAUAGAUAACAACUUCCUACAAAUGGACGACUUCAACGCUGAGGCAAGCGAGAAGAAACCAAUAACUAUGAAUGUUAUUGAAAUAACGAAAGCCAUGAACGCCGAGGUGAUUAGUCAUGUCUCAGCUGAACUUAAUGAACUGCACGAUACAACGGAAAACAUUGAUAAAAAGUUGCAGUUUCAUAUAAACAUUGUGUCCGAAAAUGUCGGCCGUAUGCUACGCAUGAUGGGCGAUAUACACGAUGCUGUGGUGGAGCACCAGGAACAGAUUAACGGAUUCAAUGUCACUACGACAGCACCACCUCCGAUUAAGUCCAGCAAAAUUGAUGCACUCGUGAAACAAAUACGCCCCAUGGUCUCGGUUUCAGAAAAGAUGGAUGAAGUGUGGGACGUGGUGGUGGGCACAAAAUCAUCGGUGGACCAUCUUCUACCCAAAUCGGAUGAAUUGCUGACACAAACUCAGCGACAAGAGCGCGCCAUUGGAGAAAUCCACGAAGAUUUAAAAAUGAAAACGAACCUAAUAAUUAACAAUUUAGAUAUGGUCGAGAAGCGUUUAAAAAAACAAGAGGAUGACGUGCAAAUACUCGCACAGCGACCUGUUCCCACUGAGCUGCUUAUGGAUCCAACAAUAGAUCGUUUAGUCGAAUACGAUCCGAACAGGUACUCGGUUGUUGACGAUGGCUUUACGGAGCCGAGUGUGCCCACAACUCCACUAUCCCCUCCCGGGAACUCUGCUAGCAAUGUUCUGUCUUCGACCACCCCAGCCUAUACCUCUCCGGUCGCAGGUGUGAACAACAAUCAAACUUCACCAUCGGGCACAAUUACGAGCACUACUGUGGGAUUGAACUAUAAUUCCACAACUAGUUCAUCAAAUACUGCAACCACAUCUAAUGCAACGCCGGCAAAAUCGGUUAUACGAAAAGGAGGAAUCAUCUUUCCCAGUGUCAAAAAUAAGCCAUCUGUUGUGAAUAACAGCUUCACCACCGACUUUUUGACCCUUAAGGAUGUCAAGGGCUUCUCAUGUGUUGAUUUGCUAAAUGCUGGAAUGAGACAGUCUGGAGUAUUUUACCUUCAAAUUCGUGGCACAACCUAUUGGUUUUUGAAGGUGUUUUGCGAACAGGAAAUUUCGGAUGGUGGCUGGACAGUAAUUCAACGACGCGACGAUUUUGGCGAUCCACGAGAGAACUUCAACAGGGACUGGGCGGACUAUAAGAAUGGAUUUGGCGAUCCCGCAAAGGAGUUUUGGUUGGGUAACGAAAACAUUUAUAUGCUGACAAAUAAUGAGGAUUAUGCUCUACGAGUGGAACUUGAGGAUUUCGAGGGAAAUAAACGCUAUGCUCAGUACUCGCAUUUUAAAAUCCAUUCGGAAGCAGACUACUACAAACUCGAAAUAGAUGGGUAUGAAGGAAAUGCCGGAGACUCCCUAAACGAUCCGUGGUAUGGCUCAAACAAUAGCCCCUUUUCAACGUACAAUCGAGACAAUGAUCGCAGUUCGCUUAAUUGCGCAAGCAUGCUAAAGGGGGGCUGGUGGUGGAAGUCAUGCGGACGUGGUCUAAACGGACUGUAUCUUCAUGAUCCCCAGGACUUAACCGCUCGUCAGGGAAUUGUUUGGUUCCGCUGGCGUGGUUGGGACUACACAUUAAAGAAGGCAACAAUGAUGAUCCGCCCGCGAACGCCGCAGCCGCAGGCCAUGAAUCAAGCCACAGCGACUACUUGAAGAUCGCUAUAUGUUUAUUACAUUAUAAAUCCCCUAGUUAAUGCAAUAGAAGCUUGAGUGCUCCGAAUCAUUCAUCUCGUGCCCAAUAGAUUAUUAACAUGUUUCAUGAAUGCAUCAUUUUUAGCAAAUUAUACAUACAUACACUACAUUUAAAUUGUAAAUUGCUACCUUUUACAAAUAAUAACUUAUUUUUAUUGUUUACUUAAACUACUUUACCAAUUGCGUCCCCACAUCCAUGCAUACAUACAUCCAAUGUCAUCCUUAUAUCAUUUCAUUUCUAUCGUGAUUAGAGUCUACAAACAUACAUACAUACGUUUAAUACGGUUUCCUAUAUGAUGACAUAUAUAGUCGUACUCACAAAAACAUAUUUUUCAUCUUCUAUUAAAAGGACAAGCCACAUUUGAAAUUUCUAAAUUUAAGGAAAUCGUAUAUUGUAAAUAAAUGUUUAUAUCUAUGUAUAUGUAUGUGUCCUUUAGUUCAUAUUCCUUUCUAUUACACACAAAAUUGCGAAUAGGUUUGUGCAUUACUGGCGGGACGUGAAGUUGCUUUGGAAUUCUAUUUAAAAAUUUGAAUUUUAGGGGGAAACCAUUUAGCUCCGAGUACGAACGCCGUUCACAGUUGGAUCUAAUAAUACCAUACAACAUCGCAGUCUCUAUUCUUUUUUCCUACCUAAAUGUAAAUAAAGCAUCUGAGCGUUAUUCUUUCCUACCAAAAUUCGUACAUACGUAAAUAAAGCAUCUGAACAUAAGCACUUACUUAACAAAAGAUAGCAAUACAUUUAACCAAUGUAAUUAUAUUUUGUAAAUAAAAAAAAUGUUAAUAGUCUUAUUGCUGCCAUAUGUUUUUUUUAAGUCCAGAGACAAAUUGGUUUUGAUGGAAUAAACUAAACGGUUCCCAUAACAA